AUGGCGGCGCCCGCGCCCGUGAAUACCGGCGCCACAUUGUCAGAAGCCCAGUUCACCGCACUUCUAAGCGGCGUGAUCCAAAGUCUUCAGUCACAGACACAAGCAGCACCCGCCCCGACUCCGGCGACAGCAACGGUAGGAAAUUUCGUCGCGUGCACCGCCCGCUUCGACGGAAAGAAAAACGACGCCGACGCCGUAGAAGCAUUUAUCGAUAACAUAGUUACGUACAAAGAGUGUGCGAAUGUACCGGACCACAUCGCGCUCCGUGGUAUGCCUAUGCUGCUAACGGGAGAGGCUGCGGUAUGGUGGCAAGGCAUAAAAGCCACCGUACAAACGUGGGACGACGCAAUAAAAAGGCUACGUAACAUGUUCGGCGCACCACGUCCCGCCCAUUGGAUAUUUCGCGAGAUUUUCGCCCGAGAACAAGAGGACGAGCACGUCGAUUCCUUCGUGUUGAAGAUCCGUGCCCACUUCGCUCGACUCCCGUACGAGGUUCCCGAAAAAAUGAAGAUAGACAUAAUUUAUGGACUGUUAAGUGAUAGUAUUAGGAAGUGCGUGCCGCGCGAGAAUAUAGAUAGCAUAGAUUGUUUGUUAGAGCGCGCUAGAUAUGUACGGCACUCUGUUUAUAAUGUUAACCCGUUAAACGCGGAUGGGGUGCCCGACGUGCAGGAGCACCGCUUCGACCAACCAUCAAGUAAGUUUUCAAACGGCCGUUACGCGCGACGCCGGGGUGGCGCGCGUAACGGCCGUUUGUAA